UCUCCUCACCCCCCCUCUGUCUCUCUAAACGCGGUCUUAUUAUUUCAACAAACACCCAAAAUACAAUUCAAAGAUUUCAGGAGCCUAUCGCAAUUUCCGCUCCUCUUUCCUUUCCUCUCCUCCUCUUUCUCUCUGGCUGUCAGAUCCAUUUCUUUGCCCCGCAAUUGCCUUCCAUUGGAGGAUCAGUGCUGGAGAAUAUUUGACAAGGGCUUCAUUUGAAGUGGACCGCGCAACUUGCGCCGCCGCCGCCAUAGAGCACGGUUUAUUUUGAACACCAGCUACGAUGAAGAAGGUCUUUGAUCAAACUGUUAGGGACAUUAAGAGAGAGGUGAACAAGAAAGUUCUAAAAGUUCCUGGAAUAGAACAGAAGGUUCUUGAUUCUACUAGCAAUGAGCCCUGGGGUCCUCAUGGAUCACUUCUUGCAGAUAUUGCACAGGCAACCAGAAACUAUCAUGAGUACCAGAUGAUCAUGUCAGUAAUUUGGAAGCGGAUUAAUGAUACUGGCAAGAACUGGCGCCACGUCUAUAAGGCUUUAACUGUUCUGGAAUACCUAGUAGCCCAUGGGUCAGAGCGUGUCAUAGAUGAUAUCAGGGAACAUUCUUAUCAAAUACAAACAUUGUCCGAUUUCCUAUAUAUUGAUUCCGGUGGAAGGGACCAGGGAAGCAAUGUCAGGAAGAAAUCUCAGAGUCUUGUUGUCCUAGUGAAUGAUAAAGAAAGGAUAAUUGAAGUAAGACAGAAGGCUGCUGCUAACAGGGACAAGUUCCGUAGUGCCUCAUCAACUGGUGGAAUGUAUAAGCCUGGUUCAUAUGGUGACAAAUAUGAUGAUGAUCGUUAUGGAAGCAGGGAUGAGGAUAGGAAUGGUUAUGGUUAUGGGAGAGAGAGAGAAACAGGCUACAGGGAUGAUGACCGGUAUGGCAGAUAUGGGGACUCAAAUAGUCGUGAUGGAGAUCGUUAUGAAGAACGCUAUAGCAGAGAUGGUUAUAAGGAUGAUGAUUACCGUGGAAGAAGUCGAAGCGUUGAUGAUUUCCAGGAUGGCUCAAGAAGUAGGAGCUUUGAUAGAGACAGAGACCGUGCUUUUGAUGAUGAUGGUCAAUAUUCAUCACGAGGCAGUGGUGCCAAAGCUGAUGACCAGUCUCUGGAGGGAAGGCGGCUUGAUCGGAAAUUUUCUGAACAGAAUAUUGGUGCUCCUCCAAGUUAUGAAGAAGCUGUGAGUGAUUCCCGAAGCCCUGUUCACAGUGAAAGGGAUGGAGAAAUGUCAGCAGCAUCUGCUCCUAGAGAUUCAUCACCUGUAAGCAAUAUUCCAAGCCAAGCAACCGUUGCUCAUGGUACUUUGGCAUCUCCCCAAAACCAGAAAGUUGAGGCUUUUGAUGAAUUUGAUCCUCGUGGCCCACUUUCAGCUGCUCAAGCUACCUCGAACAAUGCUGAGAUGGAUUUACUUGGUUCACUAUCAGAUUCAUUAGCCAUCGUACCGACUACAUCUGUGACCACAACCUCCGAGGCUGAUGGCCACACAAUCUCUGCUCCAGCACCCACUUUUGGGGCAGCACCGUCAGCAGCUAAUGUUGUGAAUCAGGGUUUUGAAGAUCCAUUUGGUGAUUCUCCUUUUAAAGCUGUUCCUUCUGCUGACAGUGUCCUGACCCAACAGCAGAAUUCUGCUUCCACAAAUUCUUUCCAGCCAAACGUGAACCAGACUGCCGAACUGCCCCAACUGGGUGCCCCAAAGGCUGAUACAGUCUCAAACUUCGACUUUGGGGACACAUUUUCUGGCCUUACUUACUCUGGACCGAGUGUCUCCAGUAUUCAACCUCCAACAAACUCACAGUAUUUUCCUCAAGAGCUGUCAACUCCACAGCAGAAUACUGAUAUUCUGGCUGACAUUCUCCCACCUUCUGGACCUUCACCUGCUUUUACAUCACAGCCAGGUUUUGUAGCCCCAACUGGCCAACCCACACAGCCAACUGCUAAUAUUUAUGGCACUUUCCACCCACAGGCAGGAACUAUAGCACCUCAGAUUCAAGCUGGAGCUCCUGCUCAGCUCAACAGUGGGAGCUUACUCCCACAGGCAGGAUUUACGUCUCUCCCCACUUCACAGAUGACUCCACACACUCCACCUGGACCAACUUCACAGCUUAAUGGUGGAAACGUUUUUCCACAACAGGGAGGAUCUGCGCCAACUGGACCAGCCAUGCAGUUUAGCAGUGGGAACUUUCUUCCAGCACAAGGUGCUGCAGCUCCAGUAGCUACACAUAUUGCUCAUCAAACUCCCACUGGACCUGCUGUUUUACAUAACAAUGAUCACCUUGGUAAUUUACUUCCUCAAGCAGGAUUAAAUGCCCCCGUGACUUCGCAGCAAAAUCUUCCAUUUUCAACAGGAUCACUUUCAAUAGUUCCUCAACCAGCCAAGGACAAGUUUGAGACCAAGUCAACUGUUUGGGCUGAUACACUAAGCCGAGGGCUAGUCAAUUUAAAUAUAUCUGGACCUAAAAUAAAUCCAUUGGCGGAUAUUGGAAUUGAUUUUGAUGCCAUUAAUCGGAAGGAAAGGAGGAUGGAAAAACCUGCCACAACUCCUGUUACAUCUACUGUCAACAUGGGUAAAGCUAUGGGAUCUGGUUCUGGGAUAGGCCGAGCUGGUGCAGGCGCCCUCAGGCCUCCACUAAACCCUAUGAUGGGUUCUGGUAUGGGUAUGGUUGGUGGGCCUGGUGCAGGCAUGGGAAUGGCAGGUUAUGGAGUUAUGAAUCAACCCAUGGGUAUGGGAAUGGGGAUGAAUAUGGGCAUGGGGCAAGGAGUCCAGAUGCAAUCUCCAACUGGAUUAGCUCCUGGAUCGAACAUAUCUGGUGGUUAUAACCCCAUGCUGGGCACUGGUGGGUAUGUGCCUCAGCAGCCUUAUGGCGGCGGCUACCGAUGAGAUUGAGCGAACUCCCUCAUUUCAAGUGAGAAAAGUAGUUCAUACGUGUUUUGUUAUAAGGUGAAAAAGAUUUACAUAGCAAAUCCGGUGUUGCUAUUAAAUCCUCCUGCAAUGCACUCUGGUCCAAUAUUGGUAUACAGUUCUGUAUUUUUAGUUGUAAUUUUCUGAAAAUGGCCGAAUGUUAUGUAUGUUUAUUCAUUCUCUCUUUCUUAUCCUAUCAUUCCUUUUGGGUCAGGAGAGUUGUGUAGGGUUGCUGCCUUCAGCUGUUGUGAUAUUGUUUUACCAGCGAGUAUAACCUUUCUCAGGUUAUAGCUUCUUUUUCUUUCUUUUGCCCCUUAGAUUUUCUUAUUUUCUUUUGUUUUUUCUUCCUUUUAAAAUUUUUUUUUUUAUUAUUAUUAUUAUCAUUUGUCAGGCAUGUUUGGCUAUGUACCGAACAAUAAAUAUAAUGAUUCAAUUUUCUACAUAUUCAAUUCUUCAGACU